AUGGAGAAAGGGGUAGUGAUGGAGCUGAUUAGAGGGUCUACCAAUUGGGCCAAAGUUGUGGAAGAUAUCGUGAAGCUUGAGAAGAAAACGUUCCCUAAACACGAAUCUCUCGCUCAAACUUUCGACGGAGAGCUGCGCAAGAGAAACGCCGGUUUGCUAUACGUCGACGUCGACGGAGAAACAAUGGGUUAUGCUAUGUAUUCUUGGCCGUCUUCGCUUUGCGCUUCCAUCACCAAGCUCGCAGUGAAGGAGAAUUGCAGGAGACAAGGUCAUGGAGAAGCAUUGUUGAGAGCAGCUAUCGACAAGUGCAGAAGCAGAAAGGUGCAACGGGUUUCACUUCAUGUCGACCCCACGAGAAGUGCUGCGGUGAAUCUGUACAAAAAACUUGGGUUCCAAGUAGACUGUCUAGUGAAAAGUUAUUACUCCGCUGAUAGAGAUGCUUACAGAAUGUACCUAGAUUUUGAUGACUCUGUUUAGCCUAGAGAAGGUUCAUUGGAAUUAUAAAUGUUUUUUUUUUCCAGUUCGUGGCUGGUGAAUGAUACGCCUUGUACACACUCGUUGAGUAGUCUCUCUACAUCAACAUGUCUACCGGGUUUUUUAAUAUAUUAUCUUGAAACCAUUAA